CUCCAGUUCUUCGUGCAUGCUCGCAAUACACUUCCUCUUCAUCUCCCUCCAUUUCCAAACAAACGAAACGCCGGCUUUAGUCCGCAUCCGAGCGUCGUGCGUUGCGGUGUCGCCGCUGCCGCUUCUUCCAGUGCCUCGUUCUUCAUCCAGGUAGUGAGGUUAUUUGUGCAUCUGGCGCUCGUUUCCGCUGGUUUAUCAUGACUACACACGCGCGCGCGUCUUAAAACAAAAACAUGCGUCCGUUAAGUGCACCGCCAUUAUCCGCCUAAACAAAGUGCCUAACAUCCAAAUAAUCAGUGAUUUUUGUUCAUUUGUGCUUACAGCCAGUUAACUAAAACAACUCGCAACGUGCCUCAUCAUGUGGUCAGGAUACUUAUUCGUGUUUCUCGUGCAUUUAACAUCAGUUCUAAGCCUCCAACCAGUCAUGGGGGUGUCGCGCGUCUCGGACACCGACGAAUUGGCCACGCACGACAGGUGCCAGCCUAUAACGAUCCCAUUCUGCAGGGACCUACAGUACAACAUGACCAUCAUGCCCAACGACCUCGGCCAUCAGAAGCAAGACGACGCCGGCAUGGAAGUGCAUCAAUACUUUCCGCUUGUUAAAGUCAAAUGCAGUCCCACACUGCAGUUCUUUUUAUGUAGUGUCUACGCGCCGGUUUGUACCAUCCUGGAUAAAGUCCUACCACCAUGCCGGUCACUUUGCCUCUCGGCAAAAAGCGGCUGUGAGCAAGUUAUGCUCACAUUCGGUUUCCCAUGGCCCGAACAUUUAAACUGCGAUAAAUAUCCGGAGAGUCCCGAUGUUGAACUGUGCGUUGGCGAAAACAAAACAGAAACCUCCGCGACCACACCAACCUCCAUAACGAAAUUCAAUAAAUUCGGGUCUACUUUCGGUCCUAAAAGCCCUGAAUUCGGUAUAAGAGACAUCGGAUUUGUUUGUCCGUUACAAUUCAAAGUCCCAAUUCUUGAAUAUUCUUUGAAAGUCGGUGAUAAAGUUGAGAAAGAUUGCGGGGCACCAUGCCACAUGAUGUAUUUCAACGAAACCGAGCGUAAAUUCGCACGUGUCUGGGUGGGCACGUGGGCGAUGAUGUGUCUGGCGUCGUGCCUCUUCACCGUAUGCACGUUCCUCAUCGACACCGAUCGCUUCCGCUAUCCGGAGCGGCCGAUCAUCUUCCUCUCGGUGUGCUAUCUGAUGGUCGCGCUCGCUUACGUGGUGGGUUUCCUCGCCGAGGACACGAUCGCCUGCCGCGAGCCCUUUCCCACGCGGAUUGGAGGCGCGCAGACCGUGAGCACGAUCACGCAGGGCACCAAGUACGAAUUAUGCACCAUCUUGUUCAUGGUGUUGUACUUCUUCAGCAUGGCGUCGAGUUUCUGGUGGGUGAUAUUAACCCUCACGUGGUUCCUGGCGGCUGGAUUGAAAUGGGGCCAUGAAGCUAUUGAAGCCAACUCGCAAUAUUUCCAUUUGGCGGCGUGGGCCAUUCCAGCGGUGAAGACCAUCGCGAUUUUGGCUAUGGGGAAAGUUGAAGGUGAUGUUCUCAGCGGUGUGUGCUACGUGGGUUUGUGGAACGUGGAAGCCAUGGAAACGUUUAUUCUCAUACCACUGUGUAUCUACCUUCUGUUGGGUAUGGUCUUCCUACUGGCUGGAUUCAUCUCACUCUUCCGAAUUCGCACCGUGAUGAAACACGAUGGUACCAAGACGGACAAACUGGAGAAGCUGAUGAUUCGCAUUGGGAUCUUUUCGGUGCUGUACACCGUACCGGCGUUGAUUAUUCUCGGCUGUUUGUUCUACGAGAACUUCAACUUUGACGCGUGGAUGCACACGUGGACGAAGGACAUGUGCGAGAAGAAAUCGUUUGCCAUACCGUGCCCCAUGAAGCACGACUAUGUGGAGAACCGGCCGCUGUUCGUCGUCUUCAUCAUCAAAUAUUUAAUGUACAUGAUUGUCGGUAUCACGUCCAGUGUCUGGAUAUGGUCCGGUAAAACCAUGCACAGUUGGCGGGUGUUUAUGAAUAGGUUUAGGUUCAGGCAUAACGAGGCGUACGUGUGAUAGAUGCACGUGAUUCACUCAGUAAAAGUACACAAAAUCAAAAAUUAUCAUAAAAUAGCGUGAACAAAGAUUUGUAUUGUGUAGAAUUAUUAAUCUAGAGAUGAUUUGUGAUUACGUUGAUUUUAGUUUAUCAUUUUAAUUACCACAUUCUAUUGUAAUCAUUUGACUGAUAUGUUUUAAAUUGAUUAAGUGCUAAACGCAAACUUUGUUUUGUACGUAUGUCAUUUUAUAAUUUAAGUAUUUGCUUUUGCUAGUAGCUAGCAAUGAUUGUAAUUUUAUUUUACAGUAACUCCGGUUGAAUACGUAACUUUAAUGACGAAGGGUGCAUUGUAAUUUCAACCCGCCAUUACAAUUGAUGACUGAGAGAACUUAUGUGUGAGUUUUUCUUUGAAUGGAAUGAGAUUAAUGCAGCUAUGAUACAAUUGAGAGCAGUAUUGCAGAAGAUGAUGUUGUAUCCGUGUAAAAAUUAAAUUUUAUGAAAUUGAAUAUAAUGUACAUAGUAUCAACUAUAUAAUAUGAUGGCAAUUAAAUAAUUAAUGUAAAUAUUUAUUACUAUUUUUAUAUAAAUGUCGUAUGUGACUUAUUUUUAAACGCUGUAAAAGUUGUACAAUUGCUUUAGACUGAAUCUUCUUGAUCAUACAUGUAAUUUAAGCUUAACCCGAGCGCUACAAAUGAAGUAAUAAAUCGUCCAUGGUACGCACAAGUAUUGCACAUCAAAGAAUGUCUUCCAAAUUCGAAUUCUAAUCUUGUCAAUUAAAUGAAAUCUUCAUCUUUAUAGCAAUAUCUAUUUAUAUUACCAUGAGAAUUGAACAUGACGCACAUCAACAAUAUUUUGUAACCAGUUUAAUUUUAUACUUGUAUAUAUUUUAAAUAAAUUUUGUGUAUAUCGUAA